GAAGGGUGACAGGAAGUGAAAAACAAAGCAAAUUACAGUGAAAAAGUCCUCAGGACAAUGUAUAACUUCAACGGUGACUUCCGGAGGCGUCCUGAGCAAAAUUUCAGCGGCCAGUCACGGAAGCCCGACCGUGAUUCCGUGAUCAGGCGGGCGCAAGUGGAGAGAUUGAAGCGAGAAGAGGCUCGACAGCAGGAGACGAGCGCCUUCAUAAUCCAGUCCUUCUUCCGCAGCUACUCACACAGGCAGCGCGUGAAGGCAUCUGAGAGGUGCAAUUUCGAUGCCUUCGUGCCCGCCCACAAUGUUCGGGUCACGACACAGCAGCUGGACUAUCUCUUGCAAAGAUUCAUCUUCUUUUUCGAUCACUCACGAACUGACGACUGUCAGCGAUUGCUGCGAGUGUGUGAGCUGAUCAUCCAGGAUCCCAAUGUGGUGUUCCACAGUGUCUUGUGCGACAAGAUCUGGAAAUAUCGCCUACAGAGACUCUUGCUGAUCGCCUUGAGGCAAUUGCACGCUUCCGUGAAGAGUCCUCCAGGAGUUCUCCUCCAGAUCUAUGAGAUCUUCAUUGCCAACGAUGCUCCAGCGCCGUGGCAUCAGAUUGUCAUUGAUUUGCUGCAAUAUCUGCUCCAGAGGAACUUCUUCCUAUAUCUCAGGACCAUCAUUGACAGCCAAAGUGGACUGAUUCCCACAAAUCCGGCUGACAUUUCGCCAAAUCUCCCCUGCUUCCGCUACCUCCAGCUCACCAUGAAGCCCCUGUAUCUCCUCCAGUGCACAGACGAUGAUGUGUUCAGCGUCACUGUGCUGUCAAACUUCCUGCGACACAUCUUGAGUCCCGAACUCACGAGAUCCAGCAAGAUUCUCCUGCUUCCGUAUUUUGUCACCUGCAAGAAAUUCCCAUACAUGAAGUUCCUCACAUAUCUCUCGUCACUGUCAUCGCCCGACGGCAGCCACCUCUUCUCCAGCUCACUGCUGUACUCCCUGCUCUACCUGGAUCGCCACUAUCUGGACCUGGUGAGGAGUGUGGAUACAAAGUCGCACUAUCUGCGCAGCCUGUCGAGGAUCCUGCAAGCCAGUGUCUACAAUUUUGUUGAGAGGCGCCUGGAGGGACAGAUGGAGGGUCAGAGUGACUCUGACGAGGAUGAGGACGUGCCUGUGACGAUGAGCGAAGUGAGUGUGGAGGAAGAGGCGCUGAGAGAGAGUGUGAAGAUCCUGGGAGAUGUGCGUCACAUGAACAAAAUCGCAGAGUUUGUGGACUCUCUGGUGGAUGAUCACGAAGCCAUCUCAGCCACAUGCCACAUUUGCAACAGCCUCAUGAUUUACGGCAGAAUGUCCGCGUCAGGAUCCAGUCAUCUAUUGCUGAGAAUCCUGGCAGAGAGAUCGAAGUUCAUCCGCGCCAUUUGGUUCAGCGUCGAUCAGCUGAGCAAGUCCUUCGGCGGCUCCUUCACGAGUGCCAUUGUGAAGUGUGCAGAGAGCUCUGUUCCCCUCCUCACCACCUUCUGCACACUCCUCAGCCAGAAGGUGUCCACACUGCACGACGAGGAGUUCAUAGCGGGUCACGAGGUGGACAGCCCGAUGCCCUUCAAUGUGGACCAACUGAUUGAGGUGAGCCACAAACUCACGACACUGUGUCUGGAGCUCAUCGAUCUGGCGUUUCCCGAGACGAAGAUCACGCUGAAGAACAACUACAAGCCCAUCAUCGAUCCGUCGGGCGGGCGAGUGAGUGAGACGACGAUGGAACUGGAGAGAAACACCAAGUGGCGCCACAUCUUCAAGGUGUGCGUGACUCUGCUGCGGCAGAUUUACAACAGAGACUUGCGCCUCAGCUUCUGUCCGGCGAAUCACUGGGAGAUUCCCUCCUUCAAUCUCGUGAUGGACAAGAGUGCGAAUGUGUUUUAUCUGCAGCAGAGCGUUCAGGAGGAUCUCAUUCCACUGAGCACGCCCAGCGGCGCGUCGGGCAGCGAUCAGAUGCCGACGAUAGACAACGGCGGUAUUCCCAUGACAGCCAAGCAGAUCAGAUCGAUAAAGAUCCUGAAGGAGAUCCCGUUCACCAUCUCCUUCAACAUUCGCGUGGUGAUGUUCCAAGAACUGCUGGCGGUGGACAAAAUGAGGGCUCAGGGUGAGUCUCAUCGGUUCUUCGUGGAGCCCCGAGUGCACAUCACAGUGCGACGAUCGCAUCUCUACGAGGAUGCCUUCAACAGUUUGGCUUAUGAGAAUGAGCCUGAUUUCCAUGGGAAAUUCAAGGUUCAAAUGAUAAAUGCUGCCGGACUGGAGGAAGUGGGAAUCGAUGGUGGUGGAAUUUUCCGGGAAUUUCUGUCGGAACUGCUGAAGACGGCCUUCGAUCCGCAUCGUGGCUUCUUCAUGAUCACCACGGAUAACAAAUUGUACCCAAAUCCGGGCGCUGGGAAGAUCGUGGAGGACUUCAAGGAGCACUAUUACUUCAUCGGGCGCGUCCUGGGCAAGGCGCUGUAUGAGAAUCUGCUGGUGGAAGUGCCACUGGCCGAUUUCUUCCUCUCGAAGCUCGUCAGCAAAUACUCAGAUGUGGACAUCAAUCAGCUGGCGUCUCUCGAUCCUGUGCUGCAUCGCAAUCUGCUGUCGCUGAAGGCGUACGACGGCGACGUGAGUGAGCUGGGGCUGGAUUUCACGGUGGUGUGCGAGGAGCUAGGCGAGACGCGCGUGGUGGAGCUGAAGCCCAACGGGGGCAACAUUUCGGUGUCCAAUCACAACCGAAUGGAGUACAUCCACUUGAUGGCGGACUACAAGCUCAACCGGCAGAUCAGGCCGCAGUGUCUGGCGUUCCGCGAGGGGCUGCAGAAUGUCAUUCCCACGGAGUGGCUGUCGAUAUUCAGCAAUAAGGAGCUGCAAUUGUUGAUUUCCGGCGCUGAGCACUCGAUUUGCGUGCAGGAUCUCAAGUGUCACACCAAGUAUGGCGGCAACUAUACAGCGGAUCAUCCCACGAUUGUCCUCUUCUGGCGAGUCAUUGACAGCUUCACGGACAUCCAGAAGAGACAAUUUCUCAAGUUUGUCACCAGCUGCUCCAGGCCACCACUCCUGGGCUUCCGGGAACUCGACCCACCUUUUUGCAUACAGGAUGCUGUGAACACAGAGAGACUCCCGUCGGCGAGUACGUGUCUCAAUCUCCUGAAACUGCCCCCAUUCCAGAAUGAAGAGACCCUCAGGAUGAAGUUACUCUAUGCUAUUGACAGUGGUUCAGGUUUUGAGCUUAGUUAAUUUAUUUUUUCUUCCGCGUAAAACCCAUCGUGUAUUUCGAAAGAUUUAUUCAAUAAAUUGUCGUGAGA